UAUAUAUACGUUAUGCAGCGCCGCAUUGAUUUCCCGUCUUUGGUUCUUUCUCUGAGUCGGGGCCGGUAAUUCUAAAUUGUAAAGAAAAUAGAUGAGCCAAAUUCCUGGAGAAGAUCAAGUCUCAAUGACUAUGAAUAAUGACGAAAUCGCAGACGCCAUGUCCGAAAGCAACCUAGUUAAUUCGUGUUCAGAUAAUUUUGAGUUUUUCACCAAAAUCGGUUUAACAAAGUUACAAGAACCGUCCCUGGAACAUACCAUCAUCAAAGCAAGCUUUUUCACAAGCAUCAGGGAUCAAUCCGAGUUGGCUAAGAAAAUAAAUAUCGUGGCAAUUCAUAAGAAUUCCCAUUCUAGUCGUUCAAGAGAAGCUCGGGCUGAUAGUUUUCAGGUUUUCGCUAAGGCGGUGGCUGACAAGUGUGGUGGGAAUGCUAAUUUGAAGUAUGGUUGGUAUGGUGCUUCCAGAAAUGAGAUUUGCGAGAUUGUGAUGCAUGGAUUUAGUUGGUGUAACAAGGCUGCUGGUAAUCGAUAUAGCAUCUCUUUGUCUCCUGCUAAGUUCGCCUCUGACAGUGUUUUGUCUUCGGAGGCUGAUGAAAAUGGAUUGAGGCAUGUGCUUUUAUGUCGCGUUAUAUUGGGGAAACAAGAAGUGUUGACUGCCAAUUCUAAUCAGUUUCAUCCAACUUCUCCAGAGUUUGAUUCCGGUGUCGAUGAUCUUUCGGCACCCAGAAAAUAUAUUGUUUGGAGUGUUUACAUGAAUACUCACAUCCUCCCUUCUUAUGUCAUCAGUAUAAAGGCCCCUUACUUAAUCGAAGGCUCCAAAGGAUUGCUAGAGGCAAAUAUCAUCAAGCCUGAUUCAAAAUGGGUGAGCUUCCCCACAUUGAUUUCAAUGCUCUCAAGGUUUUUAGAACCUUCACAAAUUGCUUUCCUUAACAAAAACUACAGUGACUUUCAGGAAAGAAAGAUUACAAGGAAGCAACUUAUAGACAGGAUGAAAGAAAUAGCUGGUCACCAGGCCCUAGCGGCUAUAGUCAACCUGUUCGCAAAAAAGACACUUUGCGCCACAUGCUAGUUCUUGUCUCUUUUCAAGCAUUGAUGUCAAACGAUAGAAGUCGCUUUUAAGGGGUUGGUUUUAACGUUCAACUUUCAGUCCAUAACUACCUCGACAAGAGCAUGUGGGUUGGCUUCUUUAGCACAUUUUUCCUUUGCUGGAUGGAGAUAACUCCCAUCUAUAAUGAUUCUUGCACAAUAAUUCUUUUCUAUUUCAAGAUGGAUUCAGUUUUCUGGUUUUAGUUCGUUCUUAGAUUCAUCAAGUUCAAGUUGUUAAUUAAUCAGGUCUUACUGUGCAGGAGGAUGAAGGUAGCAGCAGCAGCAGCAAAGACGAAGCAGGAGCUGCAAAAGGCCGUUGAUGCAGA